CACAAACUUCGCAUCGUCGACGAGAUGGAGCCAUUGUCCAGUGAGAGUCCAAGCAAGGAAGGAGAUUUCUUGCUUCACGGUUUCGGAUUGAUAAACACGUGGCAACUCGAUCGCGCUGCUGCUUGCCGCGUCCACUGCUGUCACGGUAGACCAGACACUAAACGCACACAUUCAAGCUGUAGAGGAGGAAUGAGACUCUUCGUCCUCCUGGCAUUUCUGGCCACCUUGUUAACACUUGUCUCAGCUUGGGACAAUGUCUGAGGACUAUGAGAUCUUCGACUUAGUGAGCGCCAUUGAAACCUCCGAAGGAAAGGGGACAACGUUCUACUCGUGGCUGAAUGUCCCACCAUCCGCGACAACCGCUGAGAUUGCACGGGCAUACAGGAAGAAGAGCAUGAUCUUACAUCCAGACAAGAACCCAGGGGUUAAGGGGGCUCAUGAGAGGUUUGCUAGGCUAGGAGUGAUUUCGAAGAUUCUGAGAGAUCCGGAAAGUAGAAAGAGAUAUGACUUCUUCUACAAGAAUGGCGUGCCAAGAUGGCGAGGUACAGGAUACUACUAUGCCCGCUUUAGGCCUGGUAUCGGUAGUGUCUUCGUCUUUUUGACCAUACUGUCGUCGGUUCUGCAAUACGCGAUCCAGCGCGUGAACUAUGGAAAAGAUCUCAAAAGAAUAGAGACUAUUAGACACCAAGCUAAGUCCGCCGCCUGGGGAACUAAGCUGAUACCAGUUGAAGGACAGAGGAAGGUCAAAGUCAAUCUCGGAGGGAGUCCACGUUUGGACGAUGAGGGCAAUAUCAUUGGUGGGAAAAUGAUCGACAUGGUUGUAGAAGGAGAGGACGUAUUCAUUAUCGAACCUGAUGGAAGUCUGCUUCCCGUGAACGAAUCUAGUGCGGUCCGUCCAUCAUUGAGGAAGACAUGGUUCCUUGCGCUAGUCUCCGACCUUAUUUCAAAAGUGGUCAGGCGUGAUUCGCCAGGUACUAAUGCCACAGAUGGAAUCGAUGAGGAUGAUGAAGGUUCAGUGGCUUCAGACGUCCCUGGCAGUGGGGCAGUGACGCCUAGCGAAGGGUCAAGUGCAGGUGUCAAGCCUGCAUCGCGCAAAGCAACGGCGAUGGCUGGGGGACGGCGAAGGAAGAAUGUUAGGAAGCGGUGAUAUAGACAGAAGCAUUCCAUAUUUCGGCCGACCAACAAUGGAUGAUAGAUCGAUCUGUCAAUGUCAUGUACGUAUGGGAAACCGUGACAUGGAUCUGGGAUGUACGCGUUGUGGGCUGGAGCGCAAAGCAUAUUUCUGUGACUUGUUAAACCACACAUAUGAUUGAAUACUCUGUCGGACCGGGGUUCUAGCGCCGUUAAGCAGCAUUUUUGCAGCAUUCCUGCUUUGUCCGAACGGAUGAAAAUUGG